CUUGGUAUUUUGUGUUUUGUUCUCAGAGUAUGGUCACACUAGAUUUCCAAUAAAUAUAAACAAUUUCCAUGUUUAAAAAUGCCGAAGAAAACGCAGGAGAAACGAAAGCCGUGGGUGAAGAACCUCUAUUCGAACCGCGAAUACCCAGACAACUAUACCGAUGCCAGCUUCCUCAAGGAUCUGCGCACCAAUCUCCACGUGCGAAUCUACACCUACCGUGAGGCCACGGCCGGCAUCACGGUGCUCAACAAUCAGAUCUCCUGCAUAGCCGGCUUCCUGAUACUCUACCAGAUGAUGCUCAGCGACAGCGUCUCGCCCACCACCAUACUCCUGCCCAGCUGUGGAAUCACCGGAUUGGGUUAUCUGUGCUAUCGCGGCAGAAAGCUUAGCAUGCCGCUGUUGGGAGAGGAUUCAAAGACCCUGGUGACGGUCGUCCUCUUUGGCUACCUGUUCUCCCCGAUGCUACACACUCUGACGCAGGCCAUCAGCACGGACACCAUCUAUACCACGACCUUCUUCGUCCUGUUGGCUAACCUGAUGUUCACCAACUACGGACUGGACGUGGCCGUAGUCUCCAAAGCCAUAUCGCUGAACGCCGCCAUAUUCGGGGCCAUCUGCCUGGCCUCGCGACUCUCGACGUCGUACCACGCAUUUGUGCUCCUCGUCGAGGCAGCCAUCUUCUUUGUCCUGUAUCCAAUCAUCACGGAGUCCAACUGGCAUGCCCUCUUCAUGAUCCCCAUCUUUGCCGUCUGCUGUGUGGCUCUCUACUGGAUAUCGCGGCCCGUGCUCUGCCUCUACGCCUGCACCACGCUGUUCAUCAACUUUGUCUGUCCGUUCAUAUUCGUGAGGCAGCAGAAAUACAAGUUCAACAUCCACGGACCCUGGGAUGAGGCCAUUGUGGAGGAGAACACCGACGAGAAUCUCGAUGAGAACUUAUAGCGCCAGCUUCGCUUCUCACAGCAGCUACAACCAAACGAACGUGGUGGCGGCGAUGUCGGGGAGCACUAGUCAUUGGCAUUCUCUAAUUUAAUUGUACAUACUUUUUUUUGUUGCUUUUUUUAAUCAGUUUCAUUCUAAUCUUAAUCAUUAUCUAGUCCUAUCCUUGUUAUUUUGUUGUAAAUUGUUCAUUUGUAAAUACUCGCAUGCCUUUUGAAGAAAUAUAUCAUUAUGUUGAAGUGCUUGCCGCAGGGUGGCCACGAUUGUUUCCAAUGUAA